AUGGUCAUGUUCCGAGUGUCCCCCAUGCUUGUCUGUGCCAUAACUCCUGGCGAAUACAGCUUCAUCAUGGCAACAGUGGUGUCAGAUUUGAAUGCCAGCGAAUUUUCCUUGCGCUACCAAAAUUUUAUCCUUUUCCAAGAAAAUUCUUCGUUCGGAGAACACGAUCUUGGCAGGAAAUGGAAAGUCGCUGGAGACAAGACUUCAUCCAAAGCGGAUGAGAUGUACAUUGCCAGCGAUCCUGCACAUUAUAGGUUCUGGGCUGUCACUAAUAGCGGAGAAAGUAGAGAUAUCGGACGAGCAGAGCAACCAGUCUGUCAAUAUUCGAAUUUCUCCAAGUUUCUCCAGUGCAACUUGGCAUUCAAACCGGAGAGGGCCGUUGUAGUAACAUUUUUGUGA